AUGCCAUUCAAAGUGGGAAUCAUAGGUGGAUCUGGUCUUGAAGAUCCGCAAUUUUUCAAGGAUGCUAAAGAAGUGCAAGUGACUACACCAUACGGAAAGCCCAGUGAUAGUUUUAUAGAAGGAACUAUUGGUGAUGUACCAUGCAUCCUACUAGCUCGUCAUGGUCGCCAGCACACAAUAAUGCCCUCUGAUGUGAACUUCCGAGCAAAUCUAUGGGGAAUGCACUCUUUAGGAGCUUCCGUUAUAAUUGCGUCAAUCGCCUGCGGAUCACUUCAGGAGAAUGUGAAACCAGGCGAGCUCGUAUUUCCCGACUCCGUCUUUGACAGGACUACUGGGCGGAAGAGUACGUUCUUCGAUGGAACGAAUCCGGAUGCCCCAGGAGUUUGCCAUAUUCAGAUGCAUCCUGUUUACAACGAAAAACUUAGGAAGGUAAUUCUGAUGAUGACUGCUAUAGACUUAAAACUGAAAUUCCACGAUGGCGGAUUUGGCAUCUGCAUCGAAGGCCCCAGGUAUUCGUCAAGAGCUGAGAGUCGCGUGUUCCGUUCCUGGGGAGCAAGCAUCAUCAAUAUGACUAUGAUGCCCGAGUGUUGCCUCGCCAAGGAACUUGGCAUUCCCUAUGCUACUACGGCGCUGGUCACGGAUUACGAUUGCUGGAAAGAUGAUGAGCAGGUAUCUAUGGAAUUAGUGAUGAGAACAUUCAAGGAAAAUUCUUCUAAAGCAAAAAACCUGUUCAUAGAAGCAGUAAAACGGAUCGCGAAAGAGGACUGGAAAACAGAAAUUCUCACUGCGAAGGUAUACCAUGUAUUCCAAAUUUUUUCAUUUUAA